UCCGCCGGGCGGCCGGAGAAAGCGGGCAGCGAGCGGGAGCCACAUGCGAUCGGGUGCCGAGCGCUCAGCGGCGGCGGCGGCAGCAGCGACACCACCCCAGCCCCCGGCGCCGACGGCCUCCACGCGGCCGCGGGGAGCGAACGCAGCCACCGGCGGCGCUGCGGUCAGGUCGGCGGCGGCGGCGGGAGCCACUCAGCUUCGGUCGCCGCGGCGCUCGGCGGGCGCGUUCUCCUGAAGGAAGCCGCCCGCCCCCCUCCGCCUCCCCUCUCCUGCGUGUUCAUGCCCCCGGGGCUCCCGGGAGCGCCAUGGCCCGCGCACGACAGGAGGGCAGCUCUCCCGAGCCCGUAGAGGGCCUGGCCCGCGAUAGCCCUCGUCCCUUCCCGCUUGGCCGCCUGGUGCCCUCGGCCGUGUCCUGCGGCCUCUGCGAGCCCGGCCUGCCCGUCGCGCCCGCCGCCCCGGCCCUGCUGCCUGCUGCCUACCUCUGCGCGCCCACCGCCCCACCCGCAGUCACCGCCACCCUGGGGGCGCCCCGCUGGCUUGGGGCUCCCCGCAGCCGGCCCCGAGGCCCGCGUCCAGAUGGCCCGCAGCCAGCCCCGUCGCCGGCCGACCCACACCUCGAGUCACCGGUGCCCAGCGCCCCGGAAGCCUUGGCGGGCGGCCGCACCCAGGCGGCCCCCGGAGUCCGCGGGGAGGAGGAGCAGUGGGCGCGCGAGAUGGGGGCCCAGCUGCGGCGGAUGGCGGACGACCUCAACGAGCAGUACGAGCGGCGGAGACAAGAAGAGCAGCAGCGACACCGCCCGUCACCCUGGAGGGUCCUGUACAAUGUCAUCAUGGGACUUCUGCCCUUACCCAGGGGCCCUGGAGCCCCAGAAAUGGAGCCCAAUUAGGUGCCUGCACCCACCCUGUGGACGUUGGAGACUUGGGGGGCAGGACCCCCCCACCUCCUGACGCCCUGGCCAGCGCAGGGGACCUUUUCUGCUCUGUGUAGCACACUGCCUGUCCAAAGGGCGGACAGGGCCGCCACUGCAGCCCCGGCCAGCCUGGGUUCACUGCCGGAGGUGUGGACUUCGGAGCCCGGGCCAGCAGCCGGGAAGGAGGGCAGCCGGGACCUCAGCAUGUGGAGGCUGCGGUGACCCGGGGGUGGGGACCGAGCCACCCGCCUCUGCCGCCCACCACCAUCUCAGGAAAGGCUGCUGGUGCUGGCUGCCUGUUCCAGCUGCAAGGGGGGACGCUAGGGGGUCUCCCCUGUGAGCCUUUACUUUGGGUCUGGCCUCAGGCCCCUGGUGCUUCCCCCCCUCCUCAUGGGGAGGGGGCCCGUGAAGAACAAAUGAGCCAAACGUGACCACUAGCCUCCAGAGAAUGGGGUGCUUCAGAUGGCCCCCCUCAUCCCCAGCCAUCUUCCCUGAGCCGCCAGCGGGCGGUGGGCAUGCCUGCCUCACCUUCAUUUGGGGGUGGCCAGGAGGGGCCCAGACUGUGAAUCCUGCGUUCUGCCACCACCCCCGUCCCCGUAAACCCAUCGCAUAGGUUUAGAGAGAGCACGUAUGAUCACUGGCGUUCAUUGGGGGUGGGUGGGAGAUUUUUGGCGGAAGCCGGCCCAGCCUUAGCCACCCCCCCCUAGGGUCAAGUGUUGUGGGGGGGUCGGCGAAAGAUGGGGUCCGGGAGGGAGGGAGGGAGUCUCAGAAGAGGGCGGAGUCUGGGAGCGGGGAGGGGUGGCCCAGCCUUGUAAAAUACUGUACAUGCGCUGCUGUAGAUACGGAAUGAAUUUUCUGUACAUGUUUGGUUAAAUUUUUUUUGUACAUGAUUUUUGUAUGUUUCCUUUUCAAUAAAACCAGAUUGGAACAGUG